AUGCCUUUCACGUCGCCCUAUUCGCCUUUCUUUACAUCCGGCCUUCUCAUUCAUGGCGCCCCGACAACGCCUGCCUCACUAGUCGGCACGCCUCCCCUCUCCGACGCCACAGGCUACUUUGGAACGGUACAUACAGCAAGCUCGCCGUCGGAUGUCGCUCUAGGUUCCUCUGACAUAUCAACGCGGCAAGGCUCGGAGACCGCAUCGCAGAUCGGGACUUCUACGCGAGUCUCACCACAUGAUGUUUCGGGACAAUCAACCCUAAUCUCCUGGGAUUGCUCUGCGCCCUCUGUCCAUCCCUCCCAUGAUACCCUCAGUACGCCAAAGUUUGGGCGGACGUCCGCGUCGCGCGCUGCAUCCCCCUCUACACGAGAGCGGAAACGGUCCGAUGCAUUGGCUGUCCUGGAAGGCGAUCGCUCGCGCGCGUCCGACAUCCUUGUCCCGAUAGCGACGCCAUCAGCCGCAAGCUCGGAGGAGCCGUAUCUUCUGCUCAGCGCUGAGACACCUGAAACUCCGUCGUCACCUAGACCGCCACCACAGGCCGAGGGAGCAGUCACCCAGCUCGACCUCAAGAUGGAUGGACUGAAGAUCACGCGACAGCCAUCUACGUCGACCGAGUCGUCGUUCAACGCUGUCGGCCGCGUGCAGUUGGUGCGGAAGCGCUCGAAGAGCGUGCCGCGCAAUCGUCUCAGACGGCGCGAUCGUCAGUUGCUUUCAGGGGACCGCGGGGAUCGUGAGGAGGGUGUUCUUGCCCAGGAAAGUCUUCGCCACCGCCAACACACAGCGAUCGUCCGGCCCGCGCAAACGAGCCUCAUCACACGACGCGCACGCUCAGCGUCCCCGUAUCGACUCGCGUUAUCCGGCGACUAUGUGCCGCUGUCUUUCAUGGAGAUGCAGACGCCAGAAACCGAAAAGGUGCCGCAGUAA